GUGGUGAAGAGAUAGCUGGCGAAAAUUGCCUCUCGGUUUGCGUGGCCCUUUAAAUGUGUUUAAAAUUGACUUCCAAUGAAUUAUUCUGCUUUGAACUUUACCUGUGCGCAUAUCAACAUGCAAGGGAUCUGAAAGAAGCGGAUUUUGCCCAAACUUAGCCUGAUCAGGUCCAGCACGUUGUCGUCUCGGGUGCCGGUCAAACAGGAACAAUGAGUGAGUUGGAACAGUUGCGACAGGAAGCGGAACAGCUUCGCAACCAGAUCCGGGAUGCUAGAAAAGCCUGCAGUGACUCCACACUUUCGCAGAUGACCGCGAGCCUGGACUCAGUGGGACGGAUACAGAUGAGAACGAGACGCACGCUCAGAGGUCAUCUCGCCAAAAUCUACGCCAUGCACUGGGGCAGUGACUCCAGGUUACUUGUCAGUGCCUCCCAAGAUGGCAAACUCAUCAUAUGGGAUGGUUAUACAACCAACAAGAUGCACGCUAUUCCCCUGCGCUCCUCCUGGGUCAUGACCUGUGCCUACGCCCCGUCGGGGAACUACGUGGCCUGCGGAGGCCUAGACAACAUCUGCUCCACCUACAGCCUUAAAACCCGCGAGGGCAACGUCAGGGUCAACCGAGAACUGGCUGGACACACAGGCUAUCUGUCUUGCUGUCGUUUUCUUGAUGACAAUCAGAUCAUCACCAGCUCUGGUGACACCACAUGUGCAUUGUGGGACAUUGAGACGGGCCAGCAGACCACCAGUUUCACGGGACACACGGGUGAUGUCAUGAGUCUAUCGGUCAGUCCCGACUUAAAGACGUUCGUGUCAGGAGCCUGCGAUGCUUCUGCCAAACUGUGGGACAUCAGAGAUGGGAUGUGCAGGCAGUCCUUCACUGGCCACGUCUCGGAUAUAAAUGCUGUCUGCUUCUUUCCGAAUGGAAAUGCCUUCACAACGGGUUCAGACGACGCCACCUGCAGGCUGUUUGAUCUGCGCGCGGAUCAGGAGCUCAUGAUGUAUUCUCACGACAACAUCAUCUGCGGCAUCACCUCCGUGGCCUUCUCCAAGAGUGGACGCCUCCUGCUGGCCGGAUACGACGACUUCAAUUGCAAUGUUUGGGACACUUUAAAAGGCGAACGUGCAGGUGUCCUGGCCGGUCAGGACAACAGAGUGAGCUGUUUAGGAGUACCUGAUGACGGGAUGGCUGUGGCCACGGGAUCAUGGGACAGUUUCCUUCGGAUCUGGAACUGAGAGCGGUAUUAAAAUCUCCAGCUCAUUUCCUUCGGUCCAUUUCUACGUCUUUCCACAGCAGUUCCUCUGUAUUCCAGUUAUUACACAUGAUGUUCAGUAAGUAGAUGAAUCCCGUGGAGAAGCCAAUCAUCACUGCCGGCCACAGGAAUUAUAGGAAGAGAUUAUUAAAGUGUCAUUGUGUAAUAUGUAAAUAUUCAUGUAUAUGAAUAUAGAUAUGGUAUAUAUGUACAGCAUUAUGUGUAU